GACAGUAGGAUCAUGGUCUGGCAGCAAGCGCGAGCUUUAUAAAUGGCGGCAAUCGCACAUCGAUGAAGCAAAAUCAGUUCGAAAAAUGGAGGGAAGAACCUGAGCAAGCGGAGGGGACGUGUAGCCAUGGCGAAUCUGUCGAGUCUGGUUCACGAGCUCCGAGAACGUAUUGCAGCUUCUUCAUCCACUCCUCCCAUUCGCGCAGAUGACGUCGGUCUCGAAGUCCGAUUUCGCGCCGUCCUUCCCAAUCUCCUCCACGCCUACGUCGUCCCCUCUUCCUCAGUAAACGAGAGGGAAGUAAUCGCUGUGUUGAAGCUCCUUUCGCACACUGCGAGGAAUUUUCCUGGUGUUUUUUACCAUGGAAAGGCCAGCGCCGUUUUGCCUGUGGUUGGUCGUAUACUGCCGUUUUUUGCAGAGCCCGUUAUCCAGGCGCGACAUGGAAUAAUUUUUGAAACUGUUGGUUCCCUUUUAUCCCUGCUUCGUACUGGAGCACGGGAUGCAUUCCGUCAGUUUUUCCUCGAUGCCAUGUUAGUCAUUGAAGAUCUUUUGUAUAUUGCAUCUCUUGGUAAUGAUACUUCAAGCAUUGUGGAGUCUACAAGUGUCACUUUGAAUUGUUUCUGUGAAUCUUUGAAGGGAAUACUUGAUGAUCCCGAUCAUCUUGGGGAUCUUCCAGAGAUCAACAGACCAACUAAUGGCACUGGUAUUUUGAUCAAUCUAACGGGGAAGAAGAGGUGGCAGCCUUUUGCGACUUGGAUUAUCAAGCUUCUUGGUAAAUGCCUGGCUGAGGGAACGGUGUAUGUUGAAGGGCUUAUCAGCAUGUCAGAUGUUUCAGCAGCAUGUUCUUUGAUAUGUUAUGGGGAUGCUGAUUUGCAAAUGGCAUGCUUCGAUUUUGCUCGCAUCGUUGCAUUGGUGAUAGAUGAUGUUGUUCCUCAUCAGCCUUUAAUCCAGUCAAUAUCUACUAUAUUAAGUGAAGACAAACAGGGACUUCCUGUAUUCAGAAACGUAUCAUAUGAUAAUUCUAUAGGAGGUUGUCUUAAUGUGCUGUACUCCAACUGUUGCGAUGAUGUUGUCAAGCUAACUGCUGCCGACAUGGUUGGUGUAUUUCCACUGUCCCUAUGGAGAACUAAGAGCAUGGAGCUCAAGGUUUCAUUAUGCAAUGCAUACAUACGGAUUGCUAAAAUCUGCCCUUCUCAUAUCUGGAGGCCUGAAAUACUCGUUGAUAUGCUUUCUUUUCCAGAACCUUGCUUUGCUUUGAUAGAUUGCUUCCAAGCAGCUAUAUCUGUUCUUGGUCCUGAUUGUGUCGGAGGGUCUUUGCCUGGGAUGGGUUUGUCAGAAUUGAGCAAUAAAUCAAUUGAAAACUCAAGAAUUGGAGAAAAGAGACACUUUGAGGAUUUGGAUAUUGUCAAGAACAAAAGGCGGAAGGUUGAUAGAGAAAUUGUGAACUCUGAAGCUGCUAUGCUGGUUGAAUGGAAGAAGACUCACUCAAGAAUUUGUGAAACUGAAGAAACUUAUACAAAUAAUUUGCAUAAUUUACUUGUUUCAUAUGUUGGUUGUUUAAGAGCUUCUUCCAUCAGAGCAGAUGCUCUAAAACCAGAUAUUUCAUUAACAGCUCUUAGCAUGCUGUGCAUUGCAUUCUGCCGGCACCCUGAAACUCAUUUGUCCCAGGUCAUAUUUCAGGAGAUGGUUUCAUGGAUUCCCUGGAUAUACAAGCAGGCAAAGCAAGGAAGCUCUAUUUCUGUUGAUAUAUCCAUAUUUCUGGAAGGAAUUCACAACAUACUUCUCCUACCAACCCAUGUUUCUUUAUAUUUAGGUUCACUCCUGUCUGGAAGUGAUGAUGGUGGAUGUGCUGAAUCUAUGUCCGUGAUACUUAAAGUUCCAUGGACCCAUUCAAUCACCAGUACUGAAUCUCAGAAGCCAUGGAAGACAAAAUCCAUCUCUGUUCAGGUUGCAUCAAAAGUUGCUUCUAUCUCAAAGACUGAAACUGAUCUUGAGGUCCUGGAUUUGGGUCUUGUUGAUGAAGCUGUUGAAGUUAGAACUGAAGCUGCCAUUUCUAUUCCAGUGAUUGCUCUAUGGACUGGUUUUGACAAGCUAACACAGUUAUUUAGGAGGCUGGAGAUCUUGGAGGGAGAAAGGGAUGAAAAAGUUAAGAAGAUUAUUCCAUUUUCUCUUGGGUUUUUGUCAUGCCUUCAUGGAUCUUGCCAAACUGUAAAUGGUCAGAACAUGAGUAGGUGUAAAUUGUUUUUAAAUACAAACAGUGAUAGAUGUUGCCUGACAGUUGACUAUUUGAUUCAAGGAUUUUGGUGUUCAAAGUGUGAUCAGAAUGUUCUGUACGAUCAUGAGCUAUAUACAAAUAUAAUUGAGCCACCUGUCUGUUACCCAAAAUUGGAUUUGGAUUGUGAUUUUGUCCAUUUAGUGACCAUGUUUUUUAAACUUCUUUUUGAUGAGUCUUUAGAAGAGGUUCAAGUUUCCUGUGUGCGAAAUCUUAGACGCAUUCUGGUCCAUGGGACUAGAGAUGUUCUACAUAAAACGAAGGCUGAUUGGCUUAAAUGCGUUGAGUUUUUGCUUCUCAACAGAAAGAAAGCAAUAAGAGAAGCAUUCUGCCUUCAAAUUAGUUCCUUCCUCGAGGAUCAUAUCUCAAGUUGCCUUUUCCCAGUCCCAGAAGAAAACUCCUCAAACAAAAGGAAAGAGCUAAUGAUUUUGGAUUUUAUUAAACAUGCAACGGGAACUACGGAUCCCCAAAUUCUUGACACUCUACUAGAAUCUGUAGCAGAGCUCAUGACUGCAGUUGAUAUUCACAGUGAAUUUUUCUCCAUUUCUCUUUUAUUGUUGGUUGAUCAUCUUGAUAAUCCACAUAUUACAGUGAGGAUGAGUGCUUCAAGAUCAAUUCACAAAGCUUGUCGUUUCCAUUUUAAUGGGAAAUGUGAACUAAUAUUUUCAAAAGUUGUCCAUCUUCAGAAUGAGCUAUUUGAUUAUCUCUCUACAAGACUAGUUAGCCGUCCAAAAAUUGUACAAGAAUUUGCAGAAGCUGUUUUGGGUGUUGAAACUGAAGAACUUGUUAAGAAAAUGAUUCCUGUUGUUCUUCCAAAGCUGGUGGUCUCUCAUCAGAAUAAUGAUCAAGCAAUUGAAUCUCUAUAUGAAUUAGCUAAAUGUGUAGACUCUGAUAUGGUAACAUUGACAGUGAAUUGGUUGCCAAAAGUUCUUGCAUUUGCUCUCUACCAAGCAAACGGGAAAGAGUUACUCUCUGCCUUGGAAUUUUAUCAUGUGCAGACUGGUUCGAAUCAGGAAGAGAUUUUUGCAGCUGCAUUACCCGCACUCUUAGAUGAACUAGUAUGCUUUAUCGAUGGUGGCGAUUCAGAUCAUGAGGUCAGUAAAAGGUUAGCUAGAGUUCCUGAGAUGAUAUUACAAGUUGCUAGAGUUCUCACUGGUGGGGAUGAUCUCCCAGGAUUUUUGAGAAAUCAUUUUGUUGGCCUCCUCAACAGUGUUGAUAGGAAAAUGCUCCAUGCAGAGGAUGUUUGCCUGCAGAAACAAGCUCUGCAACGCAUUGAAAUGCUUAUUAAAUUGAUGGGUUCUCAUCUUAGUACCUAUGUGCCGAAACUAAUGGUUCUUCUUAUGCAUGCUAUUGGUAAAGAAUUACUACAAAGCGAAGGUCUCAUUGUAUUGAAUUCUUUUAUCCAACAAUUGGCUAAGGUAUCACCAUCUAGCAUCAAGUAUGUGAUUUCUCAAGUCUUUGCUGCACUUGUGCCUUUCCUGGAGAGAAAUGAAACUUCCACACAUUUAGAUAUGGUGGUAAAGAUUUCGGAAGAGCUUGUUUUAAAAGACAAGAGUAUAUUAAAGGCACAUAUACGUGAAUUCCCUCCAUUGCCUUGUAUUUCUGCUCUGACAGAGGUUAACAGAGCUAUACAUGAAACUCGUGGGUCAAUGACUUUAAAGGAUCAACUACGAGAUGUUGUUGGUGGCUUAAAUCACGAGAACUUGAAUGUGAGAUACAUGGUGGCAUGCGAGUUGAGCAAAUUGCUAAACAUGAGAAGCAAGGAGGUUACAGCUUUCAUAAGUGCCGAAGCUGAUCCAGACAUGGAUGUUUUGAGCUCACUAAUCUCAUCCUUGCUGAGAGGAUGUGCCGAGGAAUCAAGGACAGUAGUAGGCCAGCGGCUGAAAUUGGUUUGUGCUGAUUGUCUUGGAGCAUUAGGUGCUGUAGAUCCUGCAAAACUGAAGAGUUUUUCAUGCCAACGAUUUAAAAUUGAAUGUUCUGAUGAUGAUCUUAUCUUUGAGUUGAUCCACAAACAUUUAGCUAGGGCUUUUAGAGCUGCUCCAGAUACCAUUAUUCAAGACUCGGCGGCAUUAGCCAUACAGGAGCUUCUAAAAAUUGCUGGGUGUAAGGCAUCACUGGAUGAGAAUGCUGCUGCUUCAAUGUCACCAACAUUGAAAGACAAAGAAGCUUCAAAAACUGUCAUAUCUGAUUCUUCUGAUGGUGGCAAUGAGAUGAGUAUGAGGGGUCAGAGAUUGUGGGGUCGCUUCUCCGAUUAUGUGAAAGAAAUUAUAGCACCUUGCCUAACCUCAAGAUUUCAGCUCCCAAAUGUGGCCGACUCUGCAUUUGUUGGUUCCAUUUUUCGACCAGGUAUGUCAUUCAGAAGGUGGAUAUUCUUUUGGAUAAGGAAGCUAACUGCACAUGCCACUGGGUCUCGUGCAAGUGUUUUUCAUGCUUGUCGAGGUAUAGUUCGUCAUGAUAUGCAAAUGGCUAUUUAUCUGCUGCCUUAUUUAGUCCUUAGUGCCGUCUGUCAUGGUACAGAGGAAGCACGACAUGGCAUUACCGAAGAGAUCUUGUCUGUUCUAAAUGCUGCAGCUGCAGAGAAUGGUGUGGCUGUGAUUCACGGCAAUAUUGGAGGGCAAAGUGAUGUUUGCAUUCAAGCUGUGUUUACUCUUCUUGAUAAUCUUGGACAGUGGGUGGAUGAUGUUGAACAAGGAUUGUCACUUUCUCAAUCUGGUCAGCCAUCGUCUUCUAAGCAUUCGGUGGCCAAAUCAAAGGAAUCAAGUUCAAAUGUUCGAGUUGAUCAAGAGCAACUCCUGGUGCAGUGUAGGUAUGUUUCACAGCUUUUGGAUGCAAUUCCAAAGAUCACUCUUGCCAGGGCCUCCUUGAGCUGUCAGGCCUAUGCCAGAUCUUUGAUGUAUUUUGAGUCAUAUGUACGAGGAAAAUCUGGUUCUUUUAACCCUGCAGCUGAGAGGAGUGGCAUCUUUGAGGAUGAAGAUAUUUCAUAUCUCAUGGAAAUAUAUAGUUAUCUUGAUGAGCCUGAUGGUCUAUCUGGCUUGGCAUGUUUACGUAAAUCCUUGAGGUUACAGGACAAACUUUUGAUAAAUAAAAAAGCUGGAAACUGGGCUGAAGUUUUGACUUUUUGUGAACAGGCUUUGCAUAUGGAACCAAGUUCAGUUCAGAGGCAUUCAGAUGUUCUCAACUGUCUGCUAAAUAUGUGCCACCUUCAGGCCAUGGUUACUCAUGUGGAUGGUUUAAUUACGAGAAUUCCUCAAUACAAGAAAACAUGGUGCAUGCAAGGAGUGCAGGCAGCUUGGAGGCUUGGCAGGUGGGACUUGAUGGAUGAAUACCUGAAGGGAGCUGAUGAAGAAGGCCUUCUUUGUAGCAGCUCUGAGAGUAAUGCUUCCUUUGACAUGGACGUGGCAAAAAUUCUGCAGGCAAUGAUGAAGAAGAAUCAGUUUUCUGUUUCGGAGAAAAUUGCUCUCUCCAAGCAAUCUCUGAUUGCUCCUCUUGCUGCUGCUGGCAUGGAUUCUUACACGCGUGCUUAUCCAUUUGUUGUGAAACUUCACCUACUGAAAGAGCUAGAGGACUUCCAUAACCUUCUUUUUAGUGAUUCGUUCUUGGAAAAAUCAUUUCGCGUGGAUGAUCACGAAUUUUCAGAAGUGAUUCAAAAUUGGGAUAACCGACUGAAAUUUACUCAGUCAUCACUCUGGGCAAGAGAGCCACUUCUGUCCUUCCGAAGAUUGGUUUUUGGUGCUAGUGGUCUUGGUGCUCAAGUUGGGAAUUGCUGGCUUCAGUAUGCAAAGCUGUGCCGCUCGGCUGGUCAUUAUGAAACAGCAAACCGUGCAAUUCUUGAAGCUCAGGCGUCUGGUGCACCUAAUGUCCAUAUGGAGAAGGCGAAGCUCUUAUGGAGCACUAGGCGGUCUGAUGGUGCUAUCUCAGAAUUGCAACAAUCACUUCUUAAUAUGCCAGUGGCAGUCAUAGGAUCUGCUGCAAUGUCAUCAAUAACAAGCCUUUCCUUGGUUCCAAUCAAUCCACCUCCAUUAAUCUGUGAUACCCAAGCUUUGAAUGAGAAUAGAGAUAAUGCAAAGACUCUUCUCCUUUACUCGAGGUGGAUACAUUGCACUGGGCAAAAGCAAAAGGAAGAUGUCAUCAAUCUUUAUUCAAGAGUAAAGGAGCUACAGCCCAAGUGGGAGAAAGGAUAUUUCUUUAUGGCUAGAUAUUGUGAUGAAUUGCUUGCAGAUGCCAGGAAACGCCAGGAAGAGAGUCUUGAACAAGGUCCAAGAAAAGUCCAAUCGUCUGCUUCUGCUAUUGGCUCUGUGAAUUUAAAUAAUGAGAAGCCCUGGUGGUCUUAUGUGCCUGAUGUACUCUUGUUCUACGCAAAAGGACUUCACAGGGGUCACAAGAAUCUAUUUCAAGCACUUCCAAGGUUGUUAACUUUGUGGUUUGACUUUGGGAGCAUCUACCAAAGAGUUGGUCCAUCAUCCAACAAGGAUUUGAAAAUUGUCCAUGGAAAGGUUCUGAGUAUCAUGCGAGGCUGUUUAAAGGAUUUGCCAACGUAUCAGUGGUUGGCUGUACUGCCUCAGUUAGUUUCAAGGAUUUGCCAUCAGAAUGAAGAAACUGUUCGAUUGGUCAAACACAUCAUUACCUCUGUUGUCCGACAGUACCCACAGCAAGCUCUUUGGAUAAUGGCUGCAGUUUCAAAAUCCACCGUUCCUUCAAGACGAGAAGCAGCAAUGGAGAUCAUCCAAUCUGCAAAAAAAGAUUUUAGCCAAGGAAACAGUGGGAACAAUUUAUUUCUUCAGUUUGCCAGUCUAAUUGAUCAUCUAAUCAAGUUGUGCUUCCACCCUGGUCAGCAAAGAGCGAGGAAUAUUAAUAUCUCUACGGAAUUUAGCACAUUGAAGAGAAUGAUGCCAUUGGAGAUUAUUAUGCCAAUUCAACAAUCUAUGGUUGUUAAUCUACCGGCAUAUGAUGUGAAUCUCACUGAUUCACUGAGGUCUGAUAUCUUUUCUGCCACAGAACUUCCUACAAUAUCAGGAAUAGCAGACGAGGCUGAGAUUCUUUCAUCACUUCAGCGGCCUAAGAAAAUUAUUCUAUUGGGUAGUGAUGGUAUUGAGCGACCAUUCCUCUGCAAACCAAAGGACGAUCUCCGGAAAGAUGCUCGCAUGAUGGAGUUCACAGCAAUGAUAAACCGUUUAUUAUCCAAAUAUCCGGAAAGCCGCCGGAGGAAGCUCUACAUACGCACCUUUUCUGUGAUACCUCUGACAGAGGAUUGUGGUAUGGUAGAAUGGGUUCCCCAUACUCGUGGCCUUAGACAUAUACUGCAAGACAUAUAUAUAACUUGUGGUAAGUUCGAUAGGCAGAAGACGAAUCCUCAAAUUAAGCGAAUCUACGAUCAGUGUCAAGGUAAAAUGCCUGAAGAUGAGAUGCUGAAGACAAAAGUUCUUCCUAUGUUCCCUCCCAUUUUCCACAGAUGGUUUUUUAAUACCUUUUCGGAACCAGCUGCUUGGUUUCGAGCGCGGGUAGCCUAUACGCAUACAACUGCAGUUUGGUCUAUGGUCGGACAUAUUGUGGGGCUAGGUGACAGGCAUGGUGAAAAUAUUCUUUUUGAUUCUACUACUGGUGACUGUGUUCAUGUUGAUUUCAGUUGUUUAUUUGAUAAGGGUCUGCAGCUGGAAAAGCCUGAAUUGGUGCCUUUUAGGCUAACACAGAACAUGAUCGACGGAUUAGGAAUCACUGGGUAUGAGGGCAUUUUCUUGAGAGUUUGUGAAAUUACACUUUCUGUACUGAGGACUCAUAGGGAUACUUUGAUGAGUAUUCUUGAAACUUUCAUCCAUGAUCCCCUUGUGGAGUGGACAAAAUCUCACAAAUCCAGUGGUGUUGAAGUUCAGAAUCCACAUGCUCAGCGAGCCAUCAGUAACAUCGAGGCUAGGUUACAAGGUGUAGUUGUUGGUGUUGGAGCUGCACCAUCUUUGCCCCUUGCCGUUGAAGGUCAGGCUCGUCGAUUAAUUGCUGAAGCAGUCUCACACAAAAACCUUGGAAAGAUGUACAUAUGGUGGAUGCCAUGGUUUUAGAUAUCUAGAGGCUUUUUGAUUAAAUUUGGAUUAUAGAGGCUGACAAUGAAGCAAGAAAUAACACUUCUUCUGGAAAGGAGAUGGCUAAUUUCUCAUUCAGAUUUGCUAUUAUUACCCGCAGAACUCAAAGGUUUGGUGCAACUACUUUUAUAUGUUUUGGCUGAUAUAAUCUGUUGUCUUUCUUUUUUUUUUUUUUUUGCAUAGUGUCAUGAGAGGGUACUAUAUUUUGUAUAUCAAUGUAAAGAAAUGCUAAGGGAACUUCCCAAUAUUAAGGAGAAGCUCUAAGUAGUGAUUUUUUGGCAAGUAAUUGAGAUUUUGUAGGAAAGUUUCUUAGAAUUUCUCGGACUCGCUAGUAGAAAACUUAAUAAUGGGGAAAUCCUUGAUGUCACUCGAAGCUAGUAUAGCG